AUGUCGACCGCACCCAAUGGUCCUCCUCGAGAGGCCGCCGCUCCUCAGGCCGCUGCUCCUCAGGCCGCUGCUCCUCAGGCUGGCGCUCCUCAGAAAACCGACCAGCCAGAAGUCACACAGGCGCAGACAUCCUCUAAGAGCGACGCAAAACCCAAGGACGAAAAGGCGGAAUCUUCUGCAUCAGCCAAGCUUUCCGGCGCAGAAAUCAAGGCAAGAGCGAAAGCCGAGAAGGCUGCGCGGCGCGCACAAGUGAAAGCCUCGAAAGAUGGCGCAAAGGGCGAGGCCGCAGUAUCGUCGUCGCCAACUCCGCUAGGACCGUCAGCUAGUGAGGCCAAGGGAAAUAAGGCAAAGGGCAAACAAGAUGGCGCAGCUGCCUCAGGAGCUACGGCGGCAGGGCGCAUAGCAACCUCCAAAGGACCUGUGCCAGCCGUUAUAACGGAACCUAAGGUCACCAUACCGGAAUGUUUUAGCCACCUCCCCAUGGCGAAGAGAAUACCUAUCACACAGGCCGACAAAGACGUCCACCCUACGGUUCUGGCGCUCGGGCAGCAGAUGGCUACGUUUGCCAUUGAUGAGAGCAUCAUACGACUCAAGGCCACCCUGCUCGCCUUCAAGAAGGUCAUCGAAUCUUACAACACGCCCCCCGGAAACACCCUCGCGCGGCAUCUCACACCCCAUGUCUUGAAUCCCCAGAUCGACUACCUGACCGCUUGCCGGCCGAUGUGCUUUUCUAUGGGGAACGCAAUUCGCUGGCUCAAGUUGCAAGUCAGCAAGAUUGACCCGGACGUUCCUGACCAGGAGGCCAAGAAAGAGCUAUGCGUCAGCAUAGACAACUUUAUACAAGAACGCAUUAGCGUGGCCGACCUAGUCAUCGCCGAGAAGGCUACAGAUAUGAUAAAAGAUGGUGAUACCAUAUUGGUGUUCGGGCGGAGCAAUAUCGUCGAGCGCGCGCUGCUGCAUGCCCAUUGUGACGCUGGGAAGAAGUUUGCAGUCACUAUCGUCGACGACCCCUAUGAGAGAAAAGGCCAGGUGCUUGCGAAGAAGUUGGCAGCGGAAGGUAUCAAGGUCACCUACAGCGGAGACUUUGGUGGUCUGAGAUGGCAUGCACAACGCGCUACCAAGGUCCUCCUCGGCGCCGAGUCGAUGUUCCACAACGGGGCGAUGUAUGGAAAGUCGGGUAGCUGCGACCUUGCAAUCGCCGCAAAGGAACUGGGAUUGUACAUCAUCGUCCUUUGUGAGACGAUCAACAUCACAGAGAGAGUGGCCACUGACUCUCUCACCUACAACGAGAUCGAUCCGGAACGGAGCUCGGCCGCCUCGUUCCGGCUGCUCUAUGACACCACCCCCAGCGCUUAUCUCUCGGUGGUAGUCACCGAACUGGGGAGUGUUCAACCCACAUCGGUUCCAGACCUUCUGCGAAAACUCGAGGAAUCCAACUAG